AUGACGCACUAUUUUUUUUUCUUUUCUUUUUUCUUUCCGUUUGUCUGUUUCUUUUUCUCUUUUUCCUUUUUAUUUCUCUUUCUUCUUCUUUCUUUUGUUUUCUUUCUUUUUUCUUCCUUUGUUCUUUCUCUUUCGUUUUCUUUCUUUCUCCUUUUUAUAUUCUUUCUUUUAUUCUCUUUUUCAUUUUCUUUCUUUCUUUCUUUCUUUCUUUCUUUCUUUCUUUCUUUCUUUUCUUUCUUUCUUUCUUUCUUUCUUUCUUACAUUGCCGACAAUAGAGAUAAUGAUGUUGCUGCUGCUGCUUAUAGUGAUGUUAAUACUCCUACCACUUCUUUUAGUCAUUUUCCUCUUCCUUUUCCCCUCUCUCAGUCUUUCGGUCUUUUACACAAGAAGAACCAGGCAGAGUUACUAAUGUUAUUGCCGACUGUGACAGUGCCGCCCCCACACGUGCAUGACACCAAGAAAGACGUCUCAUAUCUAUCUAUCUAUCUAUCUAUCUAUCUAUCUAUCUAUGUAUCUAUCUAUCUAUCACGACAAUUUAUUGAUCGCACAAUCUAUCUAUCUAUCUAUCUAUCUAUCUAUCUAUCUAUCUAUAUAUGA